ACAUUGUUGCCCUGGACCUGACAGGAGGCCCAUGGAACUUGGGGCCACAGGCCACAAGGGACAAGGGCCAGGCACCCCAGUCAUGGCUCCAGGCCAUUGAUCCAACCUAAGCUGGCCAGUUGGGGGUGGAGAGACCUUGGCCUGGGUAAACAGAGGCUUCCAGGCCUGUGUGCACCUACCUUCUCCACUUAAAGAUGCCAAGAUGUUUCCAGCUCCCCUGUUCUACCAGGAUGCCCACCACCGAGGUUCCCCAAGCAGCUGAUGGUCAGGGCGAUGCGGGUGAUGGAGAGGAAGCUGCUGAGCCAGAGGGGAUGUUCAAGGCCCCCAAAAACACCAAGAGAAAAGACCGGGACUACGUCCGCUUCACACCACUGUUGCUGGUCUUGGCUGCGCUGGCUUCAGCAGGAGUCAUGCUUUGGUAUUUCCUAGGGUACAAGGCAGAAGUGACCGUAAGCCAGGUGUACUCUGGCAGCCUCCGGGUGCUCAACCGCCAUUUCUCCCAGGACUUGGCCCGACGGGAGUCCAUUGCUUUCCGCAGUGAAACUGCCAAAGCCCAGAAGAUGUUCCAAGAGCUGGUAGGCAGCACACGUUUGGGUACUUACUACAACUCCAGUUCCGUCUACUCCUUUGGGGAGGGACCCCUCGUCUGCUUCUUCUGGUUUAUCCUUGACAUCCCCGAGUACCAGCGGCUGACCCUGAGUCCUGAGGUGGUGCGAGAGCUCCUGGUGGGUGAGCUACUGUCCAACAGCUCAACCCUGGCUUCCUAUAGGACCGAAUAUGAGGUGGACCCAGAAGGCUUGGUGAUCCUGGAAGCCAGUGUGAACGACAUAGUCGUACUGAAUUCCACGCUGGGCUGUUACUGCUACAGCUACGUGAACCCAGGCCAGGUCCUCCGGUUGAGGGGGCCCGACCAGCAGACCACUAGCUGCCUGUGGCAUCUGCAGGGCCCUGAGGACUUCAUGCUCAAGGUUCGGCUGGAGUGGACCCAGGUCGAUUGCAGAGACAGGGUGGCGAUGUAUGACGCAGCUGGGCCCCUGGAGAAGAGACUUAUCACCUCGGUCUAUGGGUGCAGCCGUCAGGAACCCGUGAUGGAGGUGCUGGCGUCAGGCUCCGUCAUGGCCGUGGUGUGGAAGAAGGGCCUACAUAGCUACUAUGACCCUUUCCUGCUCUCAGUGAAGUCUGUGGCCUUCCAGGACUGCCAUGUGAACCUGACACUGGAGGGCAGGCUGGACCCACAGGGCUUCCUCCGUACACCCUACUACCCCAGUUACUACUCGCCCAGUACCCACUGCUCCUGGCAUCUCACGGUGCCCUCUCUGGACUACGGCUUGGCACUCUGGUUCGAUGCCUACGCGCUGAGGAGGCAGAAGUACAACCUACUGUGUACUCAAGGCCAGUGGAUGAUCCAGAACAGGAGGCUGUGUGGCUUCCGUACCCUGCAGCCGUAUGCUGAGAGGAUCCCCAUGGUGGCCUCGGAUGGUGUCACCAUCAACUUCACCUCGCAGAUCUCCCUCACAGGCCCGGGUGUGCAAGUAUACUACAGCUUGUACAACCAAUCAGAUCCCUGCCCUGGAGAGUUCCUUUGCUCUGUGAAUGGACUGUGUGUCCCUGCGUGUGACGGGAUCAAGGACUGCCCCAAUGGUCUGGAUGAGAGAAACUGUGUCUGCAGAGCCAUGUACCAGUGCCAAGAGGACAGCACGUGCAUCUCACUGCCGAGAGUCUGUGACCGGCAGCCUGACUGUCUCAACGGCAGUGACGAAGAGCAGUGCCAAGAAGGAGUGCCCUGUGGGACAUUCACUUUCCAGUGUGAGGACCGGAGCUGUGUGAAGAAGACCAACCCAGAGUGUGACGGGCAGUCAGACUGCAGGGAUGGCUCAGAUGAACAAAACUGUGGAUCUCUUCCUCCCCUCUCCUUCUUCUCUGUUCCCCUAACCCCUGGCCCUCUCCCACUCCCAGACUGUGGCCUCCAGGGCCCCUCCAGCCGCAUUGUGGGCGGGGCCGUGUCCUCCGAGGGCGAGUGGCCGUGGCAGGCCAGCCUCCAGAUUCGGGGUCGACACAUCUGUGGGGGAGCUCUCAUCGCUGACCGCUGGGUCAUAACGGCCGCCCACUGCUUUCAGGAGGACAGCAUGGCCUCCCCGAGGCUGUGGACCGUGUUCCUGGGAAAGAUGCGGCAGAACUCACGCUGGCCAGGCGAGGUGUCCUUCAAGGUGAGCCGCCUGUUCCUGCACCCGUAUCAUGAGGAGGACAGCCAUGACUACGACGUGGCCCUGCUGCAGCUGGACCACCCUGUGGUGUACUCGGCCACCGUGCGCCCCGUCUGCCUGCCCGCACGGUCCCACUUCUUUGAGCCGGGCCAGCACUGCUGGAUCACGGGCUGGGGAGCCCAGCGAGAGGGGGGCCCCGGUAGCAGCACCCUGCAGAAGGUGGAUGUACAGCUGGUCCCUCAGGACCUGUGCAAUGAGGCCUACCGCUACCAGGUGACCCCACGCAUGCUCUGUGCUGGCUACCGCAAGGGCAAGAAAGAUGCCUGCCAGGGUGACUCUGGAGGUCCACUGGUUUGCAAGGAGCCCAGUGGCCGCUGGUUCCUGGCAGGGUUGGUUAGCUGGGGCCUAGGCUGUGGCCGACCCAACUUCUUUGGCGUCUACACCCGUGUCACACGUGUGAUCAACUGGAUCCAGCAGAUGCUGACCUGAGGGGCUGUUCUACAGAGCUGGACCUGCCUCCAGCCCAAGUUCAGGGUGCCCACACGGCCAGGGCACAAGUAUUGAGGCAAGUGACUCUGCUAAGGCCUGUCCCCUCAGGCCUACCCCAGUGACAGUGCAGAGAAGGAUGUCAUCUGGUGGUUAGGAUGCCUCCUGAGGUCCAGGGGCUAGCCUCAGCUCUGCUUCACUUCCAACCCUUUCUUAUUCUAGCCCUUAGCCCUCUCCUCUCCUACCACUGUUUUGGGGUGGGGUCUGGUGGCAAUGAUGCUGGCUCCCAGAUCUCUGUAGGAAAGUAAGAAUCCUUCCCCUUGCAAAAGGCUCUUGGGGGAACUGCUCAGAGAAAGAAGGUGCCUCUAUCAAGGUUCUGUCAGAGUCCUUGAGACUGCCAAGUAGGCUGUCCUGUAAAGCCAAAUCAUGGGGCAGCCUCAGCUGCGGUGCCUGCUGCAGCUCUGCCUGCUACAGGGCCCUCCCUGCCAUUCACUGGAGGCCCCACUGUCUGUUCUGGAAAUAAAGCACUUGACCGAGCCCCGA